CCCUUUCCUUCGCUCAAGGUUCAAUUCGAGCGCCCUUCGGUUGUCCGCCGAAUGUCUCAUUCUUGACCGGUAUUCAAGAAGGCCGCUUUGCCACGCACCGAACUUGGCCGCAGCUAUAAAACGAAUCGCGCGCAGAGCGGAAGGUCAGUGAGCGACAAGUAUACGCGCUGCUCGCGCGUAAGCUCUCUCCUGUUUCUUCGCAUAUUUCUUUCUUUUUUUACCUGUUAUUAUUUUACCGUUAAUUAAAGUGAUUGCUUACAAGUUAGAUUGCCUUCUUGGAAUCUCUCGGGCGGAGAUAGUCGUUCUACUUUGAGAAAAAUAUGGAGUUGGAGGUAUCGCAAGAUUUUAAGGAGGUCAACAGUCUGCUAUUCUCGCCUCCGCGUAUGAAGAAAUCUGAAACAAAGGACAGCAUUUCCUCCGUAGACAGCGACGUGAGUCUUUCGUUCGACAGAAGAGGUUCCAAGAGCGACGAGGCCGACUUGUCGGAUUACGACAGCGAGAUCAGAUCCGUAAAGGCGAUUGAUAUUGACAAGGAUUCUGGCGCGGACUCUGUGGACGAUGCUACGUCGAAAGGACUCGCGGAGCAAGUGGAGAAACAAGCGGACGUACCGGAAACGAAUGAUUUCGUGAUGCCGAAUGAUGAAUUAACCGACAAGAUAUGCGCACAGGUGGAAUACUACUUUUCCGACGAAAAUAUUAUCAAGGAUGCCUUCUUAUUGAAACACGUGAAAAGAAACAAAGAGGGCUACGUAUCCCUUAAAUUGAUAUCCAGUUUUAAAAAGGUCAAGCAUCUCAGCAGGGAUUGGAGGGUGGUCGGAGCGGCUUUAACGAGAUCUAAGAAGCUCGAGGUCAAUCAACAAGGCACUAAGCUGCGUAGAGCGAAUCCUUUACCACCAUUCGAUCAGACAGCCCCUUCGAGGACCAUUUUAGCGGUUGGAUUACCGAUGGAAAAAUUAACGGUGGAAUCUGUCGCCGAGAUUUUUAAGCCUUGCGGUGAGAUUGCGCUAAUAAGGGUCCUCAAAUCUGGACGUCCUGUACCUCCGGAGGUGCGACAGGCACUCGCGAAAAGGUCAGAAUUGGCUUCCGUCGAAGAGUGUGCCAUGGUCGAGUUUACGGACUCUGCUUCCGUGCGAAUUGCUACGCAGAUGACCUUGGGCGAUGCGAAAAUAUUGCAAUUACGUAGCUCGGCUGACAAGAAGAGGAAGCACCAGCCUACGAAGAAAUGUAGCCUCAAUAGAGUACCGAAAGAAGACAAUCACAACUCGUCUAGCUGCCCCAGUGGAUCCGAGCCAGAGGAUGGCAGAGUGAGGUUUCAGAGAGGCUUUCAGGGAUAUCCAAUGUAUCACAUUCAAAAUACCAAUUAUCCCUUUCAAGGACCAUCAUCACCGGACACAUAUUUAUCCCGGAAGCUUUCUUCUUGCUCCAUAUCCAGUUCCGAGAACGGUUUUAUGUUUCGCCGUCUGUCUUCCUGUUCUGGUUCCGGUUCCAGUUCGGACUCUGGUAGACGUUACUCCACCUGCUCAUCUGGUUCCGAAGCAGCUUUCUUUCAUCCAAGUUACUCGAGUAAUUUCUGCCAUCACGAAAAUCGCCGUUAUCCUUGUUGUUCUGCUGCUGGUUCAUCUCCAAUGGAAUGUCGGGCAAGCUGCUAUAUCGCAAAUCGUCGCGGAUCGGCCGAUUGUGGCCCGUUGUCAAGGAGAAUCUCGACAUACAGUCGCGAUAUCGAUACCAACGUCAGGAGAGCAUCCUUAUGCUCUACGAACUCGGAACAGAAUGUAUUCUAUCGAUCGAGAAGCAAUAACAGCAUCGCGAUAAUGCAUGUACCUGAGAACGUGAUGAGAAUGCCAUCAGGACCCGAUGGCACGCGUGGCUUUUUUGAUCGUUCCGUAAGAAUAACGCCCGUGGGACCCACUCAUUGAAUAAUAUCGACCAACUCGUCAAUAGUGAUGGGUAUCCAAGACCGACGGCGACUAAUAUCGACAACGAUAUUCGAACAUGGCAUUACAAAAUCGAGCAGAUUAAAGAUCGAAACCUAUCUCUCUUCGAUUUGGAAUUAAAAUUUUACUCGGUAAAGACAUACCAAUUUAUAGCAGUCCUCCAUUACCGCUGAUUAGAACCAGUGCUCUUCUUUUGUUUGCCUUUUUAGUUUUUUAUUAUUUAUUACUUUUAAAACAUUUUUUUGCAUAAAAUAUCAUAAAUGCAUAAAAAUACUAUUAUAAUACAGUAUGAAUAUAAUUGUAAUACAAGUGUAACAUGAAAUUGAAAGAACAAAUACAUGGUGAGAUUUAUUUCCUGAA